AUGGCACAAGCUGUAAUGAGUGUCCAAAGGCCGUAUGGACCUCCCCCACCGGAUGCAAAAGACUGCAAGUUCAUAACUGCUCUGGUGACUGAGUUAUUGCAAAAAGAAAGUCGUGCCAACAUGGCACAACUCAAGGGCACAUGUCUGUUUGUUGAAUAG